UAUAAGUAAUUUAAACGUAGUUUCUUCGCAGAAAUACGUUUAAAUUGAUUAAUGAGUUACUUAUAAUUCGGUUGACGUUAAACUAACAAAUAUGAUAUAAUUAUCAACACAAACUAUGAUUUAACUUAGACUCCUUCAGAUUUAAUUAGCGGUUAAUUAUAACUAUAGUAGAACUCAAUGUAUUUGCGUUGAUGGUCUCAAAAAGGAUCAACCUCUACCAAUUAUAAAUUUAACACGUUUUAAUUAUGCUAAACUUUGCCUUUAAUUAUUUAACUGACGUCACUAUGUGUACACUGAAACUUCCUUCCAGGUACAAAUCCAAUACAAGCUUGAUAGUAUCAUUAUUGACAUCAAUUAUUGCCAUUACAGUAGAUCUGUAUUAAUGGCCUCGUUAUAAGCUCAUUAGUUUAAAUACGCGUUGAUGGAAAGUAUGUGGUGAAAUAAUUGGAGUCAACUCCUGAAUUACAUGCUAACCAACUAGGUACAUUUGCUGUCGGAAGUUGUGGAAGAUGGGGCUGUACAAACAGUUCUUCCGGUUCGGUCGAAGGAGGAGUAAUUACAUGGCGUCGACCGCGUUCACACCACUUCCAAUGUUGGUGUCGGAUCAAGGCAAGAUCAGAACCAAUCGCCUCAUCAUCGUUGUCGUUGGCCUGUUCGCCCUGGCCAUCGGAAUACUACUGUCGUCAGUGCCCUGGUUGGAUUACCUAAUACUGAAGCACCUACGACUGUCAAACGGAUCUCUGAGUUACUAUUAUUGGCAAAAGCCUGGCGUGGUGCGACUGACGAAGGUCUACAUAUUUAACGUGACCAAUCCGGAAAACUUCCUUAACCUUGGGGAAAAACCGAAACUGAACGAAAUUGGACCUUUCGUAUACAGAGAAAAUAUGGAAAAGGUUAACAUUAAAUUUCACGAUAAUGGUACCGUAUCGUACCAGCACAAGAAGAUACUCCAAUUCGUACCGGAGCUUUCGGUCAACAAGAACGAGAAGCUGACCGUUCCAAAUAUACCUAUGCUGACGCUAGCGUCACUUUCAAACUCGUUGGGAUUCAUCAUCCAGAAGGCAAUCUCCUUCGCGCUUACGAUGGGAAAUUACCAACCGUUUGUGGAGGUCACCGCCGAUGAGCUGGUCUUCGGGUACGAAGACCCCUUAGUUACCUUGGCCCACAACUUCUAUCCGAAGACCAAAAGACCGAUGGGCAAAAUGGGGUUACUGAUCAAGCGCAACGGUACCCUAGACGAGGUGCAUACUAUAAAUACGGGUUAUACUGGCAUGGAAAAAUUUGGACUCCUUGACAAGCUGAACGGCAUAGACCGUUUGCCUUAUUGGGAGGACCCACCCUGUACCGAUAUUGUCGCGAGCGAAGGGUCGUUCUUUCCGCCUCGCGACGUGACCCAAUCGGAUAUUGUAGCUCUAUACGACAAGGAUUUGUGCCGCAUUUUACCUUUCCAAUACAGAGGACCGACAAGCAAACAAGGAAUAUCUGUCGAUUUGUAUACUCCUCCUGAUUACGUUUUUGAAACUGCUUCCAAGGAGUCAAGAAAUAGAUGUUACUGCCCCGGUGCGGAGUAUUGUCCACCGAAAGGGUUGCAAAAUAUCAGCCCCUGUCAGUACGAUGCUCCAGUUUACUUAUCCUUCCCGCAUUUCUACAACGCAGAUGCCAGCUUAUUGAAGAGCAUCGAUGGAUUAGAACCAAUCAAAGAGAAACACGAGAAUUACGUGAAAAUUCAACCGAAACUGGGUGUACCGUUAGAAAUCAAACUUCGAGUUCAGCUAAAUCUCCGCGUAGACCAAGCGGAAAACGUGCGACCAGUUUCCACAUUUCCCUCGAUGAUGUUCCCAAUAAUGUGGUUGGAAGAGGGCAUCGACGAGGUAACGCCGGCGAUCAGGCGUUGGGUCUAUCUCGCCACCACCUUCUCAGACUUGGCCUGUCCGAUUUUUACCUACGGAUCCAUCGUCACCGGCAGCUGCAUACUAAUCGGGGUCUUUAUCAAUACGUACAAAUCCCUGGUGUUUACCAAGCAAUCGAUCGAGAUCGGCAUGAAAACGCUGCGACGAAACGGUGCCUACCUCUCGAACCACAGUCUCUUCUCGCAGCAACCGCAUCGACUUUCGUUGAUCGUGCGCAACAGCUACGUUCUUCUGGACGACGGCGACGGCGCGACGCCCGACCGCGAAAAGGCCUGCUAAACGCGACGUCUCCAUUGCGAGAUGGUGAUAGGGUGAUAAAUAUAGUAUUAUUUUGUUAUAUUAUAUGUUCCUCCGUUGAGGAUCAGAAACCAAAAAUGACAAUGCUCACAUUAUACGUAGUACCCACAUUGAGGUGCUCUAAAUGAUCGCUGUGAUCCGUCCAGGAUUUAAGCUCUUGUGCUAGUCAGUGCCACCUUCCUUUAUCAAACAGUAACAUAUUGUUUAAGUAUCUCAAUUUUGUAAGAAAAUCAUUUGUACAUAUUAAAUAAUUUUUAUAGCUA